GAUUCGAUUAGUCGAUUCGUGCCGAUUCUUCAGUGAAGAAAUCCCGUUGAUUCACGCUUUCCCGUGAUUAAUAAACGGACUUGAGUCGUUGUUGUAGUGCUAUUAAGUUUGUGCGGUGUUUGUUAAAUCGAACUUUAAUUGCUGCAUAAAUUCUGUCUGCGGAAUCUGGUGUAAAUAAUGGGUGUUAAAUAUUUUUCUGCUAACGAAAACGUGAUAUUGCCGAUAUUCGUGUUGACAACUUUCAUAGGUAUCAUAGCAGCACAGGGAGCACAAGAACAAGGCCCCUACGACCAAUUGGCCAAUCACUGGUUCAGCAAAUGCCAGGCGGAGACAAAUAAUUCAACCCAAGCAUUCGAUAAACUAUACGCCGAUGGAGUCGAAUUUAAAAGGUACCUCAAGUACGCCUUCAAAUUCAUCCCGGAACAGACGAAGAACUUCUGCAACAGCGAACGCGGCAUAUUGAACCAGAAAAUGAAGGAGUUGAGCAGAGACAUGAAGCCCUGCUUGUCUUCGUCCGAGAAGUACAUGAGUGAUUUCGUGUAUGAGAGUUUCACGGAAUUUUUGCAUUUUCUUUGCCACGAUGACGCAACUAAUCUCAACACCUUCUUCAGUCCGAACGCCAAGGAAUGCCGGGAAAAGUUGUUGCAGAACAGUGAAAAUCCAAAUAUAGGAACAUGUUUCUCGAGAUUAUUGAAACCCUCAUCGACAGGACACCCUUCGAAAAAAGACCUUUGCGGCGAUAUAACGGUGGUGAAAUCGUGCUUUGCGGAUACGUUAUCAAACCAGUGUCCUUCGUACGCCCCUUACAGGAAGCUGAACGAGGAAUUCUUCAAGUACGUGAGCAAGCCGUGCUCCGGGUGUUCUGUGUACUUCAACACGUUGCUGUUGCUGGUUUCCGUGUUCGCCUAUUUGUUUGGUCGAUAAACCGGCAAAUAAGUUAUCGGGGGCUUUACUAACUGUGGUACGAAAUUUUACGCCUUUUAAUGUGAACGGUUAUUUUUAGAGAAGAGGAAGCUUUUUGUGUAUACGUAAAAAUAUUCUAUUCGAUACUACCUUGAACUGUUGUAUAAUUAGAUAAGAGUCGAAAAUAAUUGCACGUUUUUAACGAGGUAGAUGGUAGUUCGAGUACUAAAAUGAAAACUAAUAAGGUAGUUUUUUUCACAGCCUUAUAAGCAAAACUCUUUGAUUCAACUUAAUAUUCAUUCACCUUAAUUUUUAAUGUAAUAAUCAAAAUAUGGAACACUUGUAUAAAUAAAACUAGCCUGUCCUACAAAGUGAGGCUUAUAAAAAUUAUGUAUUGCUGAAUAUUUCCAAGGCCUUGAAAACUUAAUAAAAUUUGAAAUAUUUAGUGCCUUAAGAAGCUUAUCUUCUUCCGUCCUUGAGUGCAUUGAAACUUUAAUAACGAAGCUAGAUAUAGAUAUUUAUAUUUACACGUAAACUUAGAACAAAGUAGUUUUAAUUCACAAGUGCUAAAUGCUAUAGGUGUUCUAUAUUUUCUAUUGUAUUUACCUUAUCUUGCACUUAUAUUUCGAAUAUAAAUUCAGCAGUUUAGUCGAUAUUAGAAGAUUUAUACUGUUAGUAUUUAUUCUACAAAGUGUUUUAUUGGCGGUAACUUUUGAUAGUUAUAUGUAAUAUUUCUUCUCGGGAAAUAUUUCAACGAAACGCUUUGUAUUAUAUUUCCAGUUUAAUACAUAUUAGAAGUGAUAUGUUACGAGAUUCUCCAAAAAUAGGCUCUUAGGAUAUCAAACUCAGGAUGUUUACCUAUUUGCCAAAUAUUCACCAAAGUCUGGUAAAUUUAUCAAGAUAGCCAAAUUUUUAUGUAAUCUCCGUAUUUCAAGAUUUUUAAACAUUCAUAAAAAAUAUUAUUAUUUUAUAUUAUUCCUAAUAGCAGAUGUAAGUAUAGAUAUUUAAAGACAUGUGUUGUCGUAAUAUUAAAUAAAUAUACGGGUAUAAUAUGCAAUAUUGCAAAAUUUCGUAUCACAUUUUACCUAAAUUACAGUGAUAUUUUGGCUGCCUUUACAAAAAAAUAUUGCAAAUUGCUACACUUUAUAUGUUUUCGUCAAUCAAGAAACCAAAAUUUAAAGUCUAGUAUUUUUAUAGGAGUAGACUUACUUUUUAAUUUGUAUAUAUUGUGUUAAUAUAUGAUUAUAUCGUGUGAUUGUAAUGGAUUAUAA